AAUAUGUUCAGAGGUAAUUAUAAUCGAUAAUCUUUGAAACCACAAGUUGUUACAUUUUAACAUGUCUUAGAUUAAGUUAAUGCUCUUGAUCAUAGAGCUCUUAGUGUAAGAAUAUUAAUAUAUAUAGCUUUUAUAAAAAAUGGUUAAUCCAUCUUAAAUGAAUAUAUAUGCGACUGCUGCUCUUGUUUCUUUAUUUGCUGGACUUAUUCGUGAAAUACCAUCUGAACUAUUAGAUGAAAAAGUAAAUCUAUUUAUUAAAGUAGAAUCUAAACUGGAGUUUGCUACAUAUGUUUUUAAAUGAUGUAGAUAAAUUUUUAGAAAAUCUAAGAAAAUUUAAGGAUUUCAUAAAUAAAAAUUAAAUAACUUCUAAAAAUAUGCAAAUUGCUAAUUAUUGGAUAUAAAAAUAUAAUGAAAUAUAAUAAGAGUAAAAUAAAAUCAUUAUUUAGUAAUUAAUAUUCAGUUUCAUAUGCAUUUGUACAAUUAACUUAAAUGCUUAUUAAACUUGACAAAUAGCUUAAUUAAAGAUUACCUUCAAGUCCUGCAAGAUCGUUAUCGGCAUCACCAAGCCCUAAAAUGAAUGAUGGCGAUGAUUUUGAUGAAAUUGAUGAACUAAAACCCUAAGCAGAAAGAAUGAGUGUGGGAGAUCCAACAAAAGCAAAAGGUUCUAAACUUUAAUUAGUUCCCAAUAAACCUAUUUAAUAAACCCCUGUACAUAAACACACUUAAAGUUAAUAAAUAAAGUAAGUCACUCCAAUAAAUGCUCCCAUAAUAACAAAAAAGAAAUGACGAGAAAUAAAAUGAUUAUAAAUAUGAAAAUAUCUUAUGCAAA